AUGCAGGCACUUCUGCCAGUGCUCGACGACCGCAACACCUACUGGAACGAAUUAAGGAAAGCACGAGAUGCCGCCGAUCAGCUUCUCGAGGAAGUUCGACAACCACUUGAUGCUCGCACUGCAAAACCAUCUUGCUUCCUUGAUGAGGCUCGUGGUGAUUUGGAGGAUGCCAAGCGUGCCAAAGAGAAUCUCGAACGUCAG